AUGGCCCCGAAACAGAGUUCGAAAAAGGCGGCAAAGUUCUAUUCCGAGGACAUUGUUCGCAAAAUAAGCGAUCCCACACGAGUGGCGAUGGUCGGCCGCAGCUGGCACGACGCAGACGACCAAGUGUCCCCACUGAACCCCUCCGAUCCGCUAGAACUACCCCUCAAAAAGGGUGAGUUUGGGAUAACGGAUAUCGAGCACCGCACGCGCCACAUUGUGCCCGAAUCCGAAUACGAGCUCGUCGACCGCACAUUUCGGGUCGGGGACGUAUGCAAGCGUGGGAUCGACGACGUCGCUAGCGCCGUGGUCCUCGAGGUCCGAUGCGAACUUAGGCUCAAGCACGCGAUCAGCGGGGUACCUGUCGAGGGAUGGAUACCCGGGGAGGAAGUGGAGAAUAAGCCGGGUGUCAUGCUGGGGGAUUACGUUGUGUGCAACGAUUGGGUUGGACAGGUCGAGGAGAUUUUCGACGAGGCGAUUAUUCUGCUUAAUGACAAGGAUCUAGUUCGGGUUGCGGAUAUGGGCGGCAGGUUUGCUGUUGGCGAUCGCGGGACGGACAUUCUUCCUGCGACUGGCCACCCGCCCUUCACGUCAGGCACCUCGCAAUGCAUUCUUGAAGUUCAGCCUAGCGUGUUGGCCGUCAGCUGGUUGGCUGUCAACCAAUGGCUCACCCCCGAAGAAUCGGCCAAUCGACCAAGACCGCAACAGUUUUGGACCGCAGAAGAUCUUCAUCACCUUACCUAUGUCAAGAUUCGCUCUGAAAACGUAACCCGGGUCCCCGAUCGAGUGACGUUCAAAGAUCCAGGGGCGUAUCAAAGGUACGGUGUGGUCAAGACUCAGCACAGGGGCGAGUCGGGUCGCGUACUCGAAGUGGAAACGAUGGUGGUCACUGAAAGUCGCUCGACCGCCAAGAUCAUGUGGCAGGAUGGGACAAUCGAGGAAGUUUUGGGUACCGCCAUUAUUCCAUACUUGAAUGUGGACGAGCCAGGAGAUUUUGUCCGCUGGAAGAACGAAGACGAGGCCCGAGUGGCAGUCGUCCAGUCCACUCAUGCCCAGAACCGAACGGCCAAGGUAAUGUGGUAUGGCACAAGCCCUCCCCAGACCGAAACCGUCUCCGUGCUCGAACUCGAUCCACACGGACCGUCCGGGACCGAAACAUUCGGCGUUCGACGGGGUGAUUUUGUCUUUUUGCACAGACCGGGGACGACCAAUGGUGCGCAACUACCCGCAGUCCCGCGUAUCGGAGAAUUGGAAGAGUGGGUGCGAGAGCCCCCGCCAAUGGCUCAGCAACCUCAUCCGUCCCACACGCAUACGCACUCGCAUUCGGACGAGAACGGUCAUUUUCACGUCUAUUCGGAUGGCCGGGACCAAUCUGGGAACGAUUUGAAUUUGGCCGAGGCCGGGUGGAGAGGUGUGAUGGCUGCGCUCGGGAUGAAACUCGCCGAGGAAGGAGCAUCGCAAGAGUACUUUCAUACCGAGCAACUGGGGCGCGAACGCCGUGUAGUCAAAGUCCAUGAGUUCAAGGGUGGGAGUAUCAGGUGGUUUGGAGAAGUUAUGAACUUGACUACAGGCGGGCUGAUUCAAGUCGUUUUACCUCAUGGAGAGGUGGUCGAGGUUCCACUUGAACGGGUUACGCUGCUCAAUAACGAAGGGUUCGAUGAACUUGGCGGAUGGCAGGACGGUGAUUUGUCUGCGGAUGAAGGGAGCAGUUAUGGUUCGGAAGAAGUCAUGGAAGAGGUUGUGUAUCCCGAUGGACAGCCCUUGCAGGAAGAGGAAGUGGAUGGGUGGGAAACGGAAGGAAGCGAGGAUGAAGAUAUGGAGAGCGCUGGGUCUUGGGGCGACGAUGAGGAUAAAGAUAUGACUAUACCCGGAGGAUAUAUCCCUGGUUCUCCGAUUCCGCCUGAGUCCGCUACUGAUACUACGGCUACUACUGGUGCUACUGGUGCUACUGGUGCUACUGGUGCUACUACUGUGACCGCUCCUGUUGCCGAAAAGGAGACAUCCCCAUCACUGCCUUCAGUACCUGGACCGAGCACGAGUCUAAAUGUUAGUGGAGGAUCGAUACUUGAUACGCUGGACGAAUCCACUUCGCCUUGGCAUCGAUUCGAGAUAUUGCCUAGUGCCCCAGUGGACCACGCGUAUUAUGGACACAAGACCACCUCGGCUCAGCCUCCCAAAUCGUUCAUGACUCGACUGGCUAAAGAGUACAAGGUGCUCGCUAGUAGCUUACCUAACACGAUCUUGGUCCGAGCGUACGAAGACCGUUCAGACCUCUUGCGAUGCCUGAUUAUCGGUCCUCAGAACACACCGUAUGAAGAUGCACCGUUUGUGAUCGACUGGUUUUUGGAUAGUUCGUUUCCUCAAUCUCCACCGCAGGCGCAUUUCUUGAGCUGGACGAACGGAAAUGGACGCGUAAACCCGAACUUGUACGAAGAAGGCAAGGUGUGCUUGAGUAUCCUUGGGACGUGGUCCGGAGACAAGAGCGAGUCCUGGAGUGCGGCGAGGUCGUCGCUGUUACAGGCGUUUGUGUCUAUCCAGGGGUUGGUACUGGUCAAGGAGCCCCGACUGUAUAGCGAAAAGGCCUACGUCCUUUCCAGAGGAUUCAUACGACGAGCCUUGGAGGUCGAAGUGGGCGGGCUUGAAACCGAGAUCGAGUGGUAUUAUAUCAAGCAGGGCCGAUUGGCCAGAGCAAUCGAAGACGCACGAGCUCUGGUAGCACGGAGUGAGGCAGGAGAGUAUGAGGCUCUCAAGGAGGUAUUAAAGGAGUCGGACCCAGCGGUUGGAGUUUUAUCUGAGGGUGCAGUGAUCAUGCUCAGGCGAACCCUAGACAAGCUGGAUGCUAUACUGAAGGAGAGGACAAAGUCGUCUUGA